GAAGCUGCUGCGCUCCACUUCACCAGAGUUUUUAUUUGGUUUUUGCUUUGUUUUCCGCAGCGAAUGGUUGAGUGAUGGAAAAGCGUGUCUUUUUAUGCCUGAAUGAAUGACUAGCCGUGCGGGAGGUCACCUCUUAGGCUCGGUGGCUCGCUGCUGCUACCCACGCUAGCUAAUGAAUUCGUGUUUGGUUGGCGGCCUUGGCGGGUGUGGCGCCGCCCGGAAUCCUCACCACCAGCGAGGAGGCGAGGAGGCAGUGGCGAGCGCCGAAUGAACCUCACCAUCAGUCUCUUCUCACCCGCGUUAGUGGAUAGACACGCGGCGUCGCUCGCUAUCCGUGGCCCUGUGUGGCCUGACGCGGUGGUUCACCGGAUCAUUCCUGACAGUACCCUCAGAAAUCACGAACGUGUAUGAAUAUUAGUUGUAUAGUUGAUUGACAAUUUUAUGUCUUUUGUUUGUGUCUUUAUCCUGUAAAGAAAAAAAAAAAACACUGAAAACAAUACUUCUCAGCAAAUAUUUACUAACCACAAACCUGCUUAACCAUUUAAACCACUUUGCAUUCCCUUCCGCACCCCAUCACUGUACAUGUAUGUAAGCAGCAAAUAGUUGUCAGUGUGGGUGAGUUCUUGGCGACGACGAGACCGCUCCAGUGCCCCGCCGCCUACGGGUGUUGAUGCCUCGGGGCUGCUCAGUGAAGUGCGUUGGCGCGCCGUGUGCGACAAGAAGUGCGUGCAUGCUUGGAAGACUUUCACUUGUUUUCUUUUUAGUCACGGGCAACCUCACAGACUUGGCGCCCCAGUAACGUUUUCCAGGCGGAAGCGGCGGCACUCAUCCCUCAGUUCAGUGCACAGCUAAGUUUUCAAGUCCGUGCACGUCUCCUUGGUCCAGCGCUGGGGACUCCAAGUGCCUCACGCCUCUCAAGUACCCAGGUCGCUGAAACUUCCUACAUCCACGCCUCCCACACAGCCCAGUACCGGUCCCUCACGCACCCUGGCUCUCUACCAGCUCCCGCCCAUGCACCCACCGCUGCUGUCCUCACUGUCUCCUCAUGACUACCCCAUGCACGACUCUGACAGUUCAGGGUGCGCCGCCGAGCCUGCAGCAGUGAGUGAGGAGAGGAAGGAGGUGGAGGGAUCGAGGCUCAAGAUGACCCUUACCGAGACCCCGGCGUCCCUGCUUCCUCCUGAGUUCCCGGAGGAGGAGACGGUGACGCUGCUGCCGUGUACCAUCUGCAAUAGAACCUUCAACCCACAGGCCCUCAGUCGUCACAGGAAGGUGUGCGAGAAGCUAUCCACGAAGAGACGCCAGAGCUUCUGUUCCACCAAGCAGCGGACUGAGGGCAUUGACGUGGGCCCCGCCAAGUCUUUAGAGGGCAAGAGUCACCAGAAAAGCAAGACCAAAUGGCGAGAGAGGCACCGGGAGUUUCUGCGAGCGAUUCGAGCUGCUAAGGGGCUGAAUGAUGACGAUGAACAGGGCCCAGUCUCCAGUGUGCCCUCAGAUUACGUCAAAUGUCCACACUGCGAGCGUCACUUCGGUCCCAAAGCAGCGGAUCGCCACAUCAGCUGGUGCCGUGAGCAGAGUACCCGCGUGCCCAGGUCCCCGGCGGAUAACCAGGCCGUGGAGAGACUCAAAUCCAGGACCAAGUACGUGCCGCCCAAGCCUGGUCAGAAUGGGUGGCGAGCGCCCAAGAAGAGUGACGUCAUCUCCUCCAUCCCGCCACCCAGCACCGGCCACACGCCCCUGCCCGUGCCGCAGCCCUAUGCCCUGAGAGAACUUAGUCCUCCCCUGCAGGGCCGCCAUCACAGCCCCACCAGGUCCAUCAGCCGCCACACCAGCCCGCCGCUUCCUACAGGUCGCCACGUCAGUCCUCCCCCGCACCACCCUCCCGCCCCGUCCUCCACCUCCUCCUCGCGGCGCCCCUCUGUCGCCUCCUCCGUGGGCACCACCAUGUCUCUGGGUCGCGCUGCCGGUAGACAUUUCUCCAACAUGCUCAAGUCCUUGACGGGAGGCAGCAUCGGUUAUGGCCACUCCUCUGGGUAUGGCCAGUCAAAGCACGGCCAUUCCUCGGGAUAUGGCCAGUCGUCAGGAUAUGGCCAGUCAUCAGGAUAUGGCCAGUCAUCAGGAUAUGGCCAGUCAUCGGGGUAUGGUCAGUCCUCGGGGUAUGGUCAGUCCUCAGGCUACGGACAGUCAUCAGGCUACGGACAGUCGUCAGGCUAUGGACAAUCAAGCUAUGGACUGUCGAGAAACCAGCCUGGGAGGAACUCUUUCUCUGCGCUGAGUUCCCCUGUGUUGCGGCAGAGAUCAACGCGCACCUCCCUCCGCCGCACCUCCUCCAACGCCCCCAUGGCCCGCCGCAGGGACCUCGCCUCGGACAUGAUGGCCAGCGUGUGCUUCGGGUCGAGUCCCAAGAGAGGAGAGCCAGAGGGAGACGAGGCCGGGGACACAACGCCCAGCUGCUCCAUAUCACGCCAGGAAAGCUUUUCCAAUAAAGUGGAGAAAGAUAAAGUAAACCUGAAGAAGAAAAUGACUAAAACAAUAAUGAUAGACGGCGAAGAAAAUCACGGAAGGACGUUAUUGGAACUCGAAGUCACGGUGGAGGAGGCGGAGGAAGAAGAGGAGCAGGAGGCGGAGGAAGGGGAAGAGGAGAGACAUGAGGUAGAGGUGGAGGGGGAGUCAAAGUGGGCCCAGGAAAAGAUUGUCAGUGCCCGAGUGAUGGAGGAAAACUUAAAGAACAAGUGUAAGUGGGAGAGUACUGAGGAAAGUGAUGAAUAUUUGGAGAGGAAAAUUAGUUCAAACAGUGACGACACGACAACCUCUGUGGUGACCAAUGACUCCGGGGUGGAUCUUGUCACUUCAAGCUACAUGAUGGACUCAGGCAUCGGCGGGAAUGUCCUUGACCCGGACAGCGACAACGAAGUCCUCAAGGAACUCCAGUACAGCGAGGACGAGGACGAGGAGCCCGAGGAGUGUCUCGAUAUUCCCACGGAGGAAAACUUUCUCAAGUCGUCCACUUCGGUGAGCGGCGACGACGAAGGUGCUGAAGCGAGUUACUUAGGAAGACCUCGAUCAGUGCACUUCGAGGACGAGCACUGGGAGGACGGCGAGUACAGGAUAAAGAACACUCAGGACGCUGAAUACUCCUCCUCGUGGUAUAAUGCACGGCGAGCCUACCGGACGGAGAGACAUGCAGACAACAACCACAAUGACUCGUGGGUGGACGGAGACAGGUCUUAUCGGAAACGCGAACUCCAGCCACUCCCUAGGAAUGCGAGUGACUUCGAGUCGAUCCAUAAGACACAAGCACCGACGGCAGCAGCUGGCCGGCCCCACAACGUGAAGAGCGCCAACAGGGAGAGCGUCAGGGAACUCUUGAGACGUAAGAGAGAAGAGGUGGGUGACGCGAUGGCACAUGAUGGGAGGAGAAGGUUGCCGUCUAACGAGAGACAAGGGAGUAAUUUGGAGAGAGACUCGUCAGGGAGGAGGAGGAGAACGCUGUCUAACGAAAGAUAUGAUGGAGAAACUAGGCAUCCUGAUAGAAAGAGGUUGCCGUCAAACGAAAGGACAGGAAGAGGUAUGGAGGAUGGAUAUGGUGACAGGAGGAGAGCGACUUCAAACGAAAGGACUUCGGGCGGUAUGGAGGGAGGGGCCGCAGAGAAAAGAGCAGUGUCCAAAGAGAGAACAUGUAGCGUGGAAGGGAGACACUUAGACAGGAGAAGAAUGACAUCUAGUGAGAGGACAGGUGAGAAUGAAGCAAGAUUCCCUGACAAAAGGAAAAACAGUCGCCCUAGAGAAGUAAGCCAGAGAGAAACACUUCGAAAGCCUGACAGGAACAUGGACAAUCGUAGUGAAGAAAAGUGUAUUGAAGGCAGGAAUGUGGAUACCGUGAGGACCAGUGGCAGGAAAGUUUAUGAUCCCAAGAGCUAUACAGGUAGUGCCCACAGUAAUUGCGUGCCACACUCAAACAGCGUAGUGUACCCUGAAAAGCGGCUACACAUGUCUCGCUCCAGAAGUCCCAAGAGAGAAAACGAACGUCGUGUAGGGGUGACUGCGCAGCCUUCGUGCCUUGACGAGAGCGACGCGGGGGUGGUCAUAUCGAGGAGGGACUAUGCCAUGUUCAAGUCACUCAUCGGUUCGGGAAGUGAUAAGAGGAUAAAGGAGUAUGGGAAGGCUAAGAGAAUGAACAAAAGACCGAACUCUCCAAAACUCAACAAUCAAAAAAGAUGGGGCGAUACGGCCCACAGCACCGAGCCCAGCUUCGGAACCGAGUCCUCCAAUAUCAAAUCGGCCAGGGCCAGUCUGAGCAGGCUGCUGAGCGGCAAGACAUCACACACCAAUGGUAGAUAUGGCAGCAGCGGCUUGGCUCUGGACUCUCAGACGUCUCACAUGAAUGACCUGGACGGCGGCAAGAAGAACUCUGACAAUGGGCAAGACGACUCUCAGCACCGGGCGUCUAGCGGGUCGUCCUCAGACUCCUCGCUGCCGCCACUCUCCUCGCCCUCUGCCUCGCCCUCCACCACGAAGGGUGAGAUAAGCAGCGCCUCUAUGCGGCUGCCCAGGUUCUGUCACGAGUGUGGCCACAAGUACCCGGUGCUGCUGGCCAAAUUCUGCUGCCAGUGCGGCUCCCGCAGACCGAGCGUGGAGUCCUGACGUGGCUGGACAUGAGCGCCGCGCCGCUGACCCGUAGCAGUCCAUGGGGCUGUGGAGUGACGCCACGGUGUUUGGUGAUCUUCAUCUUGUCAUUUCUUUGUGUUCUGGGAAUGACCUUUGAUAUCUAGGUUGUGUUAGAAUGGUUCUCUUUAAACAUACAACUCCAUAAAUAUUUUUCUUGCAAGUAUUCACUUCAAAAUACUUCAAAACUAAGAUAAUCUUUUUAGGAAAUAUUAUUUGAUAAUCCAAAAUACGGUAAAGCACUAACGAGAGUUUAAUGUGGAAAUAAAAGACUGACAUCUCAAAGUCUUCCCUCGUGUGGGAAUCAUCGCAGCUAACCGCUCCGUGCAGCUAACCAACCCGCAGAAGCAGUGGUCCGUGGUGGCCCUGCUGGGCCGCCCGGCGCCCACCACUCAUAACAUGAAGGCACGCCUCCUUCUCCUCCUCCCCACAAGAUGCUCCCUGGUGAACACAGUUAUUCACCACGGAUUUAUCUUUUUUUAUAAUAGGAAGAUUAAAAGAAUUAAACUUUGUUAUAAUAAAACAAAUAACAAAGUAUAUUAAAAAAAAAAAAAAUAGAACUGCCUUCAUGUUUAUUUCCCAUUCUAAGUCAGCUGACCGAAGUCUGUGUUUGACGUAGGUGCUAUUGUGUGUGUGUAGGUUAACCUGAGAAACUAAAGAAAUAAUGCUAAGAAUACCAUUAAGGGAAAUAUUAUCUAGGAAAUAUUGAGCGGAAUUGAAUAGUCUCGCUGCGGUAUGACAAGGCCUCGUGCUGCCCGCGCACUGAGCCACAGCGCCUUCCACCCUGGCGGGGCAAGAAGGGCGGCGGGGACACUGUAGAGGCGCAUUACCAUCUCGGGAAGUGUAGCAAGAGUCAGUACGAGUGUAGGAAAUGAGAACAACACCACCACCUCGCCUGGGUCUCGUCCAUCACUCACAGACCAUCGCCUCACCUCGCCUCGCCGCCUUCCCGCCACAUUCCCCUCGUGGUUGUGAAUGAAUCUCGGAACGCUGACAUCAUUACUGUGUUCACCAUCACCAUCAUCAUCACACCAUCAUCAAUGUCUUAGUCACUUACAUAAAUAACUGACAGCAUUGAUUUUCUCACCAUCCUCUCCUCUUUGACCUUCACUCUCAUCAUCAACAUCAUCAUCAUCACAUAGACUGUGUGGUUGGCAUUUUGUACUGUAUGUAUGUUGUUUUCUUUCUUUUUUAGCUUAUGAUGUAAUACGCAGCGCAGGGUGAAGCUACAGGGCUGAAGGGUUCUUGAGCUGCUGCCCCUCUCCUUACGUCACUUGCUGCCACCACCACCACCACCACCACCACCACUACUACUACUA